CUUUAUUUUUGUAAUAAAGUUCAGGAAUAUUUUACUUCGAGUGUUUUCAUUCAGUAUCAGUUUAAAACUUCUGCCCGACUUGGUUACUGGUAUCAGUAAAAUCCACUAUCGGUCGACAACUAGCCCUAGGGUGUAUAACAAAAGUCUGCUUUAAACAGUUUUUAACAACAGCAUUUACUCAUCACAUGUUUUCUGUGCCACUUUUGUUUGCCUGACCAGAAAUGCACGCAGUGGCUAAAGAGAUUGUACCCAUUAACGGUGCUGACCUUCUCAAUAUCAGUAAUAUCCUUCUAGAGAAGUGGCUUUGCACACCAGGGCAGACAAAUGGCAAGGACCUCCAGUACCAGGACUCUGUGACUGAUCUUACUGAGGAUCCUGAUCUCAUGAGAGUGGUGUAUUUGCUGCAGAUGCACUCCAUGGAUAUGAGGCACGUCUGCUCAGUCCCAUCCUGAGUGCAGAGACACAGGUAAAUUAUAUAGCUGUUUCUUCAGCAUGUAUAUGAUUUCUUCCCAUUUUAUACAGUAUUAGUAUAAUUUAAAGGGCCAGUGGGUAAAAUCAAAGCUCUAAAGUUUACAUGUACAUUAACACUGUAAUUAUUAUUUAUAACUCCUUCAUCCUACCUUCCCUCCAAGCCCAUAUACAUGUAUACCUGCCUCCUACAAUUUCUGAUGGACAUCAGUUUAUCGUCAUGUUCAUUUGCAACAAACCUUUCAUUUACUGGAUGAAUGAACGUCAGCAUUCAUUCAUACGCCUCGUCCCAUAUGAGGAAAGUAUAUCUGGAAAA